AUGUCGAGGCUCUUCGCGCGGUUUGGCCAGAGCGGGGUUACAACUGGUAGAAGUCCAACCCCGAGCGGAAGUGACGAAAAAGCGGCAAGCGACGUCCAGGUCGAGGUUGCCCAUGCUAGUGGCGCAGCAGAGUUGACGUUCGAAGAGGAUGUCCAGGGCGGAAUGGGACGACAUUUGGGGGUUUUCAGCUGUACUAUGCUCAUCAUCGGCCGAAUUAUUGGCACCGGUAUAUUCUCGACGCCAUCGUCAAUCCUCUCCUCUGUUGGCUCUGUGGGUGGCUCGCUAUUUCUCUGGGUCCUCGGCUUUGCCCUUGCACUUUGCGGUCAGCUCAUAUGGCUGGAGCUCGGCUCGAUGAUUCCGCGGUCCGGCGGGGAAAAGGUGUACCUGGAGGCGAUCUAUCGCAGGCCGAAGUACCUGGCUACGAUGGUGUUCGCGAUGAAUGCGAUACUUCUCGGGUUCACUGCUGCUGGGUGUAUCGCUGAUCAACGCAGUAUUCUUAUUGCCGCUGGACAACCGGAUCCACGAUGGGUUGUUCGUGGGAUAGCACUGGGAGUAAUCCUGUUCACCACCGUUCUCCACGGACUUACACCGAGGUUAGGGAUCCUGGUUAUGAAUGCUCUCAGCGUGUUCAAGAUCGUUAUUCUUCUUCUGAUUGUCGUGACCGGAUGGGUCGUCCUCUCUGGAAAAACCCACAUUCAGGAUCCACACGCCAACUUUCGCAAAGCAUUUGAGGGGAGUUCUCAUAGCAGUAACGAUUAUGCGACCGCUACGUUCAAAGUUCUGUUUGCAUAUAAUGGCUGGUCGAAUGUCAAUUACGUGCUCAACGACGUCAAGAAUCCGGUUCGUACGCUGAAAAUCGCGGGCCCGCUCGGCCUCUCGAUAUGCGCCGCUUUAUACCUUCUGGCUAACAUCGCUUACUUCGCUGCCGCGACCAAGGCAGAAAUUAUCAAGGCGAAUGUUACUGUCGCAUCACUGUUUUUCAAGAAUGUGUUUGGAGAGAAGGCGGAGAAGGCGCUGUCCAAAUUUCAUCCCUUAGUAUCGUUCCAAGCGCUGAUUUCUCUCCCUCUUUUGCAUCUUCCUAGUAACACCAUCACUGUCACCUAUGCCGCGGCCAGAGUAAACCAAGAGCUCGCGAAGGAGGGUGUGCCACUGCCUUUUGGUAACCGAAUCUGGGCAUCGAAUUGGCCAACUGGAAAAUCCCCUCUCGGCGGCUUGAUCAUUCACCUGAUUCCUUCGGCACGGUCACAUGACUUUUUCGGUAUGAUCGUCAUCAUCGGCCCACCUCCCGCAGUCGCCUACCCAUUCAUUCUGGAUGUCGAGGGAUAUCCGCAACAAAUCAUCAACCUAUUUAUCGUCAUAGGUUUGUUUUGGCUACGGUAUCGCGAGCCAACUGUGAAAAGGCCGUUUAAAGUGUGGCUUCCCAUCGCAGUUUUCUUUCUGGCAGCGGUUGUCUUUCUGCUGGUGGCGCCGUUUUUGCGACCUGCCAAUAAAGUGGGCGACACACCUCCCCUGCCGUAUUACCUCUAUUGCUUGGUUGGUAUCGCAAUCAUGAUCGUCGGACUGCUUUAUAAGUUUAUUGGGCAACUUGGCGCGUCUUUCUUCCUAAAGUGCUUGGCUAUAAACUACGGCCAAGGAAAAUCCAGCUGGAAGACGGUACUUUUGUUACUUUGUUUUCUCACGAAAAGCUCGAAUGAAGGUGUUGAUUUAACGGGAAUGGACACAUAG